AUGCUGAAGCCCAUACAAAAACAAAGGCCCACACUCAGCACUCAGCUGCCCCUGCCCACCAUUCAGCUGCCUCUGUCCAGCACUCAGCUGCCCCUGUCCAGCACUCAGCUGCCUAGGUCCAGCACUCAGCUGCCCCUGUCCACCAUUCAGCUGCCUCUGUCCAGCACUCAGCUGCCCCUGUCCACCAUUCAGCUGCCCCGGCCCACCAUUCAGUUGCCCCUGUCCAGCACUCAGCUGCCCCUGUCCAGCACUCAGCUGCCCCUGUCCACCAUUCAGCUGCCCCUGUCCAGCACUCAGCUGCCCCUGUCCAGCACUCAGCUGCCCCGGACCACCAUUCAGCUGCCCCUGUCCAGCACUCAGCUGCCCCUGUCCACCAUUCAGCUGCCCCGGCCCACCAUUCAGCUGCCCCUGUCCACCAUACAGCUGCCCCUGUCCACCAUACAGCUGCCCCUGUCCACCAUUCAGCUGGCCUGGCCCACCAUUCAGCUGCCCCGGCCCACCAUUCAGCUGCCCCUAAGAAACAAGAAAAUUACUUGUCCCCACUGCAAAAUUAUUUUAAACAAAAAAAGUUUCAAAGCACACUGUAAGCGAAAGCAUACCCAUCAUUUUGAGACAGUGUCGAAGGACAGGUUUUUGGCCUCUCAGUGUGUGGAUAUUGCGCAUGGUGUGUUUUCUGUUGAAAAAUCUUUUUUUGGUCCAGCAACACCAAUACAUGUAAUAAAAAAUACUUGGGGUCCAACACAGCAAAUCAUGUGUGAGGUCAACCAGUGCCGUCUGAAUGGUGACUUUGCAGUAAGGAGCGGGAUGUUGCCUUAUGAAUGCCAACAUUUAAUGUCUUUAUUAUAUUGCCCACGUGCUGACAAUCAUACUGUGACCCUUACAGCUGAGGCCUUGGACACAAUGGUGCAAAAUAAAUGGUUUGGUGUGGAGCGUAAGGCUCAUCUCUUAGAUUUUCAAAAAAAUGCUAAUGCAGAGGGUGUGCCGCUGUCUGUGCAUCUGACUGUGGGUGGUCCCCCAUCCAAAUUUCAUAUCUCUGUGUAUGAGCCUAAAAUAGCUUAUUACAGUAAGAUGGGGAGAGUUAUUGUGUCAUAUGACACAAAAAAGAACAACUGGCAUUGUCCCUGCUCCAAGCCAAGACAGUCUUGCACACACAAAGCUGUUGCUAAAUGGCACCUCUUUGUUACGAAGAGGGAACUAUUUCGCAAGGUGAAGAGCACAGAGACAGAGAUGCCCCAUCCCACUGAGGCCACCACAGAACAGGACAAUUGUCCAGAUGACAGAAGCAUUGCGAGGAUGCUGAAGUACCUCCUCACAAAAAAAAAGCUCCCUGCAGAUCUACCCCAAGAUCUUAUAACGGCGUCAAGAGAGGGAAGAACAAAUAAUACCUUCCCAAAUCACCUUCUCCCCAGCGAAACAAAGUGUGUAGAUUGCCAAUACACACUUUGUGAACAACUGAUAACGUCUAAAGGCAAGAUCCUGACCAGCACAGGUGUAGUUGAAGGGAUAUCAACAUACAGGAAGUCAUGCCUGAACUGUGGCAUGGUGUACAGAUAUCAGGAGUGGGAGGAUGGUCUCCACAAUUUUGAUGACCACAUAAUCCUGUCCCUGCACCUGUGCCUGAUGAUCAGGAAUGCAUUACAGACGCAUACAGCCAUCAGUAAGGUAACUGAAAUAAUAGAAAAAACAGAGAAGGUCUCCUUCCCAAACAAGGAGAGAGUUCUUCAAGCGUACCUCCAUUUCGAAGCCCUUACACAACUGUAGGUGUAGUCGUGGUUUGUGUCAUGUGGAUACAACCCAGCGGUUGUUGUGAUGGAUCUUCACAAGAAAGGCGUUUUCAAUAUGCCAGUGAGUGAAAUCCAAAGCCCACCUGAUGGUUAUGAUGGUCAUGUGGACAUUAACAACUUCUGGGAUGCUGUGGCCACAGAAAUGAUCAGUCGUGGUUUAAUUCCAUGUGGUCGGAAGAACCCGUUCGUUGUGCCCCCAAGCUACCAUCACUGGGCCCCUUGGAUUGGCCCACAGACCCGUAGGUCAAAUUCAGUCUUAAACACUGAACUUGAAAAAAAGCAAAGCCCCCAAAUACCAAAUGAUGGAGAUGGUGAAAACCUUAAUGAUGAUGACAAAAUUGAUGAAGAGCGGCUCACGGAUGAACUUGUGAACUUGAAGGUACAGGAGAUCAGGGCACUGUGCAAACAGUGUGGUGUGGAUGACAAAGGGUCCAAAGUGGAUCUUGUCAUGAGACUGUCUGACAAAAUGUCUAGUAGAGUCACCUACAAUAAGGUGUUUGAGAAGGUGUGGGGUGCCUCUGGUGGUAUGGCUGUAAUCACCUGUCCAUGUGGGGUUGUGUAUUCACUCAAAUUAAACCUAAGAGCAGAGAGUCCACGUGAUUUCGUGGAUCUCUUGCUAUCAUGGAAACACUUUCCCAAUGUAUCAGUGUACGAUUAUGCCAGGGGGCUGGCACAGCAUGGCAACCGCAGGCAGCCAGGACUCUUUGCCCCUUUUCAAGGAAGGUUACUGGAUCCCACCCCAGAGAACAUUAAGCAGGCUUCAGAGGGCAAGGCUCAUGUCAACAUGCCUUGGCUCAAAAAUUGUAAGGUGCCAGCUGACAAGGAUGGUCAUCCUCUCACUGGGUCCUCACAGCAUUUUGCUUUGAACGACGUGUUCCACCAGGGCAACAGCAAAGACCCGAGAGAGGUUUUGAGAAAGCUGGAGCUUGUACCUGAGCUUGCUGGUCUCAUCAACAGCCAGUGUGUUGAGCAGCUGUUCUCGGGGAUGAGAAAGAACAAUUACUUUAUGAAUAUGACUACCCUCUCAACACAUAUAUUUCUACAGAGAAAUAUAGUCCACCAUCACAACAUGGCUAAGAACCAAAAGGUUAUGGACCAAUACAGCAAGAUUCUUCCUUCAGAUGUUGCAAUGCAGUGUGACAGCCAUGGAAGAGUAGUCGCUUGUUCUCCAUUGGCUGGAAUGCCAACAGGGGUAGCUGACAACAGUAAAGAACAAGAAGAGUCUCAAGAGUUAAUUGAUGACAGUGAGCAGAUACCUCAAGGAGACUUCACUAGUCUCCAUAAGCUGUCAGCAAACAGAGCAUGCUGGGGACAGGAACUCCAAGACACCCAGGAACAACUUCUUUCACAGGUCUUGGAUGAGACUAAAAGUCAAUGGAAGACAACAUCAUCCUCACGCACUCUGACUUUUGGAAUCUUGGUUUGGCUCGGGACAUUGAAGGGAUGGACAAUGCAGCCAGUCUCCAGUGGAUUCUGCUCCCAGUAUUUGUACCUGGACACUGGAUACUCUGUGUAA